AUGGAGACGUCGACAUACUCUGGUGAUGGUCCAGAUCGUCUCCCCCUUAAUCGCCGGUUUAGGGAGAUUGACAUCGCCAUAGCGUCAAGGUUGAUUGACGCUCCGACGGCCAAGGUUAAUUUCCUACUGUCUCGGCUUGUUGGUAAAGCCAAAGAAUGGGCUCUUGGGAAGCUCGUUGUAAACGAGUUGGCAUUCCCCACGCUGGACGAUAUCCAGCGCGACUUACGACUGGCGUUCGAGCCCCCUCAAGAUGAGUCACGCUUGCGCGCAGAUUUCUUUUCACUUCGACAGGGCAAGCUGUCGAUGCGUGAUUACGUACAGAAGACGCGACAUCUUGCUUCGUGUAUCAUCACGCAGCCGAUCGACAUGGCGUCUCAAGUUCAUGUCUUUGUCUUUGGUAUGCAAGAGGGCAUGACCCGCUAUUGCCUCACACGUGCUGAACCUAAGACUCUUGAGGAGGCAUUUGCCCUCGCGCUUCGUGAAGAUUACACGGUCGCAUCGUCAUAUUUGCAGGCAGCGUCGCAACGCCCGCGUACGUCUGGCCCAGAGCCUAUGGAAAUUGACGUUAUCGAUGCAUCUCGUGGUCGCGGCAAGCAAUUUGGCCGCGACAUUCGAAGUCAAAACACGAUGAAGUGUUAUCGGUGCGGCAAGACUGGCCAUCGUGCGGCCGUCUGCCGAGCACCAGCGCCGGUGUCCAUGAACACAGCUGUCUCACGUGGAGAUACUGUGUCGUCAGUGGUCCCGCCAAAAAACGAGCGGUUCCAGUAG